GGCAUAACGGAGCCGAAGAGAAUUCCACCCCCUUCGAAUCUUCAUCUCGAAACCGAAAGAAAAAGAAAUGAGUGGAGUAGGCGAGCCCAUUCCGGAGGACGUCCCGGUUGAACCUCUCCCUAUCUACCACCCCCAGCCCGCCGUACCGGACAUCCCCAACGAGCUACACGCCUGGGAUGUAUCACCUCCCAACACUCCUCCUCCAGCCUACACCCCCUGCGACUGCGGCCGGUACGAAGACCCCGGGACCCUCGCCGAUCUCGGCUUCAGAUUCGAACUUGUUGAUGAAAUCUGGAAUGGAUGGCUGCUGCUCAAAGCACAACACCCAGACGUCUACCAGAACAUGCAACCGUGGGUGCUCCUCCAUUCUUUUUUAUCCUUCGCCUUCCAAGUCACACGACUCCCGUUCGCACCCCCAGGGCACGACCCUCGUCGUUUAAGUCAUUCAAUGGUUGCGUAUUUGAAUAUCUGGGAACUACCCAGUCAUUGGUAUAUAGCACGGCAAUGGAGCGAGGCGCAGAGGAUAGCGAAUUGUGCUUAUGCAGCGGCAAUGUGGAUGGUGUGGAGUUUGAAUGUGAGCUGUGAGCGCUGUUUGGGCCACCCUCCAUUGAUUUAUGUCGGGGAUGUAUUGGAUGGCUACCGCUUUAAUGAACUGACGAGGAUGGCGAUGGCUGCGACAUUUGUAAUUUGAGGAGAUGUCGAGGAGCUUGCGCAUACUCGUGAGAUACAUCACCACCUCAUCGACCGCA